UGCAAAUAUCUGAUUUCAUUUUGUAUACGGGCGUAUGUUUUGUUAGAUUUUAGAUACGUAGGUCAACAAUAUUCAUUUCGUGUGUUAUGAGCAAGACGCUAGGAUAUUGUGUCACAGUUACAGCUGACGUUAACGCGGGCACCGGCUCCGAGCGAUCAAUACCGCGUUAUCAACAUAUUUAACCCAGUGUGGGUGUUUACAUGCGCGUAGUACUCGUACCGCGCUUAACUAAGUUUGACGCGGAUGAUAAGGCUAAGUCGCAAUACGGUUUUAAUAAAAGAAAUGUAAGUCAACAUGCCUCUACCGGAUCUUAUUAAACGUGCAUCGAGUUAUUUCCUAGGACUCGAGUUCGAUGACAACGAAGAACCGCUUGAUUACGUCGACAAUGAAAUAUUGUUUUGUAAGAAUAAUGUGUGUGUUCAUCCACCGACAAUAGCGAGGCAUGAAUUGGAUAUUGUACAUCAUCCGGGAUACAUGACAGUGACGACGAAAGUAUUUACCGAUCAGCACAAUAACGCUAAGCGACCUACGCUAUUCUUAAAUUGGAUACCCAAUUCCACUUUAAGGAAGUGUCCGUCAGCUGUUGAAACUAGCCCUAGUGACGAAAUCGGUUGUGGGAUUAAACCUACAAAUCCUCAAGACAUUCCAACCCAGAAGACUGUACAGCAAAAGAACAGAAAAUACAUCAAUAACGAAAACGCUUUCUCCGACUCCUCGGACACAACUAGUCUCAAUUCAAAUUCGGAUAAACAGAGCAUCAAAUCGAAUGAUACAAGGUUCACCCAGAAUGACACGACUCAGGAAGAAUUAACUUCUAGUUCCAAGCCUACAAUAAAAUCUGUUGAUUCGUGUAAAGAUGAUGUGUUUGUUUCCAUCGAUAAAGAGGAAUCGAAAGAUCAGAUAUUUGAAUUCGAACGGCACGUACGUUCCCAAUCAAUGACGUCUGUUAAUAUAACGAUUGCUAACCCGAACGUGGAAAACGUUGAUCUGACUCCAGAUUCCGUUUCUGGUAGCUUUAUGAGGUCUCUAUCUAUGAGUUCAUGCGAUGAAGGUAAUCCCAAUUGGAUGAGCACACCUGAAUUCUUAGCUCUGAAACAUAAUUUAGUAUUUCCGGACAGCGUUCACAGUUCCCCAGUGCCGCAAAGACGACAACCUUUGAAAUGCCGAAGGUUCUCGGUGGAUCUAAGUCAAAUGCGAUCUUUGCGAUUAUUCUUUAACGACGAUAAUUGCACUUGUGGUCAGCUGGUCGUGGCGUCCAGAGAGUCUCAAUACAAAAUUUUACAUUUUCACCACGGUGGUCUGGAUCAUCUGGCUCAAGUACUGCACAGGUGGCACGCAUUAUUACACAACAUCAAACUAACGCCAGGUUCCGAAGAACCUAAUUUACCGUAUCGUCACUUUAUGGUUUGCCGACCAGAGGUUCAGAAAUCUGAACAACACCCUGAAGAAGGAAAAGUACCAAAGAUCACUCCGGAGCUAUUUUACGGUAAAGUCAUGAAUGGAAAAGGGACGAUUGAGGACGAUUUGUUUUUAAGAAAGUGCGUUUUCUUUGGAGGUCUCGAUAAAGAGUUAAGACGAGAAGUUUGGCCGUUCCUAUUACAUUGCUAUCCAUAUAACUCUACAUACGAUGAAAGAGAAAUAAUUUUACAAAUAAGAACCAGAGAAUAUGAUGAAAUAGCGAAGAGAAGAUUAGAGAAAAUGACUCCUGAACAACACGCGGUCUUCUGGAAGACUGUACAAAGCGUUAUAGAGAAAGAUGUCGUCAGAACCGAUAGAGGGAAUCCAUUCUUUGCGGGCGAAAAUAAUUAUAACGUCGAAAUAAUGAAGAAUAUUUUACUGAAUUACGCCGUUUAUAAUCCAGCAUUAGGGUACACCCAAGGCAUGAGCGAUCUCCUGGCGCCGGUUCUAUGUGAAAUUAAGUGUGAGGCGGAGGCAUUCUGGUGCUUUGUCGGCCUCAUGCAGCGAGCGAUAUUCGUUUGUACACCCACCGAUAACGAUAUGGAUAAUAAUUUGAGUUAUCUACGUGAACUAAUAAGGAUUAUGUUACCGCAUUUUUACAAACAUCUCGAGAAACACGUGGACGCCAUGGAACUGCUGUUUUGUCAUAGAUGGAUAUUGCUAUGUUUCAAGCGCGAGUUCACUGAGGCGGUCGCUCUCCGCAUGUGGGAGGCCUGUUGGGCGAAUUACCAGACGGAUUACUUCCACCUGUUCCUCUGUCUCGCUAUAAUCGCGGUGUACGCUGAUGACGUCAUCGCUCAAGACCUCAACACAGAUGAGAUGUUAUUACAUUUCAGUUCAUUGGCCAUGUAUAUGGACGGUCGUCUCAUACUCCGAAAGGCACGUGGACUUCUUCAUCAGUUUAGACAGCUCGUUCGAAUUCCAUGCACCCUAGUCGGCAUGUGUCAGAGAUGUGGUCCAGGUAUAUGGGACUCAACUCACAGACCGAGUGUCGAAUGUACUGGAGCUCAUGAUUUCUGUGAAUACGCUGUACAGUGACUUGGAAAAGUUCCCCCAAAAUCGUAGAAUUAUAUUAAGCGGUAUUCUGGAAAUGAUAGAACUUCGAAAUUCAAUCGUCGGUACUUGCCUACUGGCUUAGGCAUUUUAUCAAAAACAAUAAAGGCACAUUUGCGUUUGUACUUCGAGUCAUGGAGUAUUUUUAAAGUAUUGUUAAGUGUAGAGUUUGCUUAUGAAAGUUGUUAAAUAGAUUUUAUCUUACAAAUAGAAGAUGCUUACAAAUUAGAUUCAAUAUUUAAGCUCGGCUUGAUUUCAUUUGCUUAACAAUAAAUGAUUCAGUAUUGGAUAGUUCCCAACAGCACUACAAUACGAGCGACUUAUUUAGAUACCAAUUUUUUAAGGGAUCGUACGAUACAGUAGGGAAAAUAAUAUUUUUUCUGAAAAGUACAGAAAAAAUUGUGCGCAUUGAAAUUCAUAAAAAGUUGGUAGACAUACAACAAAAACUUUUAAACUUUUUUUUGCAAGCUUGUGUCUACGUACGUUAAAAAUAAACAAUAUUCAUAGUCAUAGAUGUUGAAAUGUACUUUCGCGUAUUUAUUAAGUACAUUGAUUUCUUAUAUAGACAAAAUGAACUUAAUGUAAUAUAAAUAUUUUUCUACUUUGUUAUCAAAAUUUAAAGAUUUCAAAGUAUCGUAAGGUUUGCGUACUAUUUCAAAUAAAUGACCGUACAACGUAUCAGCUCCAAAAAGGUCGUAUACACACGGUUUAAAUCAUACGAUUGACAAUGCUGCCACUACCCCGCUUGGACACCUGCGUUUGACUUGUGCGCUCAGUACCGAAGGCAUUGUACUGUUGCGUUUGUUACGUCUUCAGCGCGAGCUAGCUAUUUAAGUCGUACGUCUUGUAAUUCUGUCUGACGUUACUAUUUGAAUUGAACAAUUGACUUUUGUUCGCCAUAUAUUAUUCUCGCUCUACAUUCGCGGCCAGGAAUACCGGAAAGCCCGCGAAUGUCGUGAAACGCAAAUGUUGAUGAGAUGGUUUCUUGUUGGUUUUUAGCCCCCAAAGGCAGUGUAGAGGGAAAUGUUUUUCGCACUGAGACCACGCUCGAAUCGCGACUAAAGUUCGCGGCCGCGAUUCAUGGGUAGAGUGUAGAGCCGACCUUUAAAUUGUUACAAAUAAAACCUAGUCAUUCGUAAACAGUAAAUUAAAUAUAAGUAAAAUUUCGGGCAAGUUUUAAUUUUUUAUGUAUAUUAUAUAUGUCAAUUUUAUAAAAUAUGGAUUAUAACAAUCAUUUAAUGCUUAAAAUAACAUAAGUAAAAUUAAAUUAAUUAUCGUUGAUCAAUACAAAGUGAUACAAAUGUUCUAUGUAUAUAAAAUUUAAGCGACUAGUACUAAAAGGGUAUAAGUGAUAAAAACUCCGAUUUCAAAAUAAAAAAAAAUACUAAAAGAAUUAAUUAUGUCCCCUUUUGUUUUAAGCCUCUACAAAUAAAGUUUAAUCGUAAAGAGUCUCGAGCGCAGUGUGCAUCGCUAGUCACAAAUGAAAUCCUUAAACGGAACUUGCCCGUGCGUAUCCGUGAAAUAUAAUGAUCACGAAUACAAUUUACUAUGUAAAAAUUGUAAGUACCUGAAAAUCGCUGUUAUAUACAAUCGAAUGUUAUCUCUAUAGUUAUAUAAUUAAAAAACUAAAUUAUCAAUGAAAAUGCAAAGUUUUACUAGUUGUAUUUUUAAACAGAAUUCUUUAAAAAAUAGAAUUGAUUAAAACAAAAUGUUUCAGUAUUACUUAAAUAGACAGACGUUACUUGUUACUUCUUACAUAAUUGAGUGCCAUAUUUGAAAACGAUUAGA